CGCCGUUGCCGGCCAUUACCAUCGAAGCAUCGACGGCGUUUCAGCCGUAGAGCGGCGCUGCGUCUUGCAUGGCUUCGCCGUGCACGGACUGCCGGGGUCGCUCCGUUUGCUCGGCAGAAAGCCCACCGCCCUCACGCGAGUUGGCGCGCGUUGGCGUUGGUCGCGGCCGGCGCGCUGACCGGAACCAGAUCGUCAAAUCCGGCCGCGCGGCCGUCCGAUCCCCGCGCGACCCCACCCAUCUGAGAGCUCAGCUGGCCCUCGAGCCGGCACGCCUCGAGCCGUUGUCGUGUCCGGGGGCCAUCACGUGCCGUGCCGGAAUCUCGCAGCGAUCUAGCAGAUGUGCCGUCGCGCCGAGCUGAGCUGACGCCGCACAAGUUCUCCAGAAUAUAUAGAUCCACCCGUCCUCCUCGGCCCGCAGCCAGAGCCGUGUGGAGUCCACGAAGACACAGUCCGCGACGCCGGCGCGCAGCUACCAGCUAGCUCCCGUGCAGAGCAGAGCCCACUGCCGGACUGCCCACGCUCAGCGCCGCGGGCCGGAGGAGCGGAGCGCGGCCAGGGAGGGUGGUGACCGAGGAGGCUCGGCUGAGUGAGUGAGAGAGAGAGAGAGAUGGGCCGCAAGGAUGUCGGGAUCCUCGCCAUGGACAUCUACUUCCCGCCCACCUGCGUGCAGCAGGAAGCUCUUGAGGCUCAUGACGGAGCAAGCAAAGGUAAGUACACCAUUGGUCUUGGGCAAGAUUGCAUGGCCUUUUGCAGCGAGGUGGAGGAUGUCAUCUCAAUGAGUUUAGCUGUCGUCACUUCCCUACUGAAAAAGUACAAGAUUGAUCCAAAGCUGAUUGGUCGCUUGGAGGUUGGCAGCGAGACAGUAAUAGACAAAAGCAAAUCCAUCAAGACUUGGCUGAUGCAAAUCUUCGAGGAAAGUGGUAAUACCGACAUUGAAGGAGUUGACUCCAGCAAUGCGUGUUAUGGUGGGACAGCAGCCCUGUUGAAUUGCGUGAAUUGGGUCGAAAGUAACUCCUGGGAUGGACGCUAUGGUCUUGUUGUUUGCACAGACAGUGCGGUUUAUGCGGAAGGGCCAGCUCGUCCAACAGGAGGUGCUGCUGCUAUCGCUAUGCUCAUUGGUCCUGAUGCUCCUAUUUCAUUCGAGAGCAAAUAUAGAGCUUCUCACAUGGCUCACGUUUAUGAUUUCUACAAACCUGAUCUUGCAAGUGAAUAUCCGGUUGUUGAUGGAAAACUAUCCCAGACAUGCUAUUUGAUGGCUCUAGACUCGUGCUACAGACUGUUUUGCAGCAAGUAUGAGAAGCUCGUGGGGAAACAAUUCUCAAUUUCUGAUGCAGAAUAUUUUGUGUUCCAUUCUCCAUACAACAAGCUUGUGCAGAAGAGUUUUGCUCGACUUUACUACAAUGACUUCAUGCGCGAUUGCAGCUCUGUCGAUGAAGUUGCUAAAGUGAAGCUCCAGCCUUUUUCAAAUUUGACGAGUGAAGAGAGCUACCAGAGUCGCGACUUGGAAAAGGCCUCACAACAAGUUGCAAAGAAUUUGUAUGACAUCAAAGUGCAGCCAUCAACACUACUUCCAAAACAAAUUGGUAACAUGUAUACUGCAUCCCUUUAUGCUGCAUUGGCAUCUGUACUAUUCAACAAGCAUGAUAGUCUGGAUGGCCACAGAAUUGUCAUGUUCUCUUACGGCAGUGGCUUGACAUCCACUAUGUUUUCGUUGAGGCUAAACAAUGGUCAGCACCCCUUCAGUUUAUCAAACAUUGCUUCAGUGCUUGAUGUCACAGAGAAACUUCAGUCAAGACAUGAGACCUUACCUGAGAAAUUCGUCGAGACGCUGAAGCUGAUGGAGCACCGAUACGGCGCAAAGGAUUUUGAGACGAGCAAAGACACGAGCCUGUUGCCGCCUGGGACGUUCUACCUCACCAGGGUUGACUCCAUGUACCGAAGGUUCUAUGAGCAGAAGGUGACCGAGGAAACGGUCGGAGGCAAAGCCAAAUGCUGCAACGGUUUCGCAAAUGGGCACUAGUGGCAUACCAUGACUCUUAGGUCGCCUGCAAUUGCUCCUGAUCGUGCUCUCUACUUUGAUAUGGUUCUGGUUAGAAUUUCCAGCCUAGAGUGUUUCUCAAAUAAUUGUUCUAUGCAGCUGUUUCCUCUAGACCAGCUAAUUUUUUUAUAUUGUAUUGAUCUGACCAGUGAAAUUCAGUGUCGACAUUCCUUUUC